AUGAUGGAGGCGGCAGAGACUAAGGCGGAGGCCGCUGCCCGAGAGGCCCUGGCCAAGGUGGCAGACAUCCUGGAGCCUCUAGGUCUUCAGGAGGAGGCAGAACUGCCCGUGCAGAUGCUGGCUGAGUUUGUGAUGGACUCCCGGAAGAAAGACAAGCUCCUCUGCAGCCAGCUUCAAGUAGUAGACUUCCUGCAGAAUUUCUUGGUUCAGGAAGGCACUGCCCAGGACCUGAACCCCUUGGCCUCUGAAGACACGAGCCGGCAGAAGGCAAUUGAAGUCAAAGAGCAAUGGAAAGAGCUGAAGGCCACCUACCAAGAGCACGUGGAGGCCAUCACAAGUUCCCUGACCCAGGCACUGCCCAAGGUGGAGGAGGCCCAAAGGAAGCAGGCCAAGCUCCAGGAGGCCCUUGAACAACUCCAGGCCAAGAAGCAAAUGGCCAUGGAAAAACUCAGAAUAGUCCAGAAGCAGUGGCAGCUACAACAGGAGAAGCGUCUGCAGCAUCUGGCAGUGGUUUCUUCAGAGGUGAGGGAGCGUCAGACAGGAACUCAGCAGGAGCUUGAACAGCUAUAUCAGGAACUUGGAACCCUGAAGCAGCAGGCAGGGCAGGAGCAGUACAAGCUGCAGAGGCACCAGACCUUCCUCCACCUGCUAUACACCCUUCAGGGUAAGCUGCUUUUCCAUGAGGCUGAGGCAGAGGUGCCACAAGAGUUGGAUCUUCCUAAGGAUAAGCCCCAGCAGCUGACCCAGCCCCAGGAGCAGAACAUUCGGGACACCAUGGGGAGAGAUGAAUGUGUGUCCUCCAAGGCCAACAACCCACAGCCUGCUGGAGAUACAGGCUUACCAUGGCUUCCUGGGAGACAGCAACAUGGGGAAGGAUCCUAGAUUAGGUCAGACUCCAACUCAGGCUAUGGUGUCCCUGGACUGUAG